AUGGCUACUUUCAGUGUUCUCUGUAGCAAUCGGUUUCUAUUCAAAGGUGGUCAAUUUCCUGAGAAAUCUAGUAGAAAGGUGUAUUCCUCGAGGAGUAGUGAGCUUAAUGUCUGUGUCGCUAGAAGAAUGAAUCAGUCGUCUAGUUGCAGAAAACUUGGUGGGUUUCUGGAAAUUGGGUUUAGAACUCAUAGCGAUUCUCGAAAUGGGUUUACUUGUAAUAGCGAGAUCAAGCGACUAGUAAAUGGUAACUACGGAGAUAACGAGACUCGUAUUGGUGAAAAUGGUAGAAACAAAGAGAAGAGAGGAAGAAGAUUCUCUCUUAGGCUUCGUCCUAGAUUACGAUUGUUGAGCAUGAGACUUGGGAGAUUCGAUUUCAGAGCAUCACUGGAUGAUUUUCGGCUAUUUUUGAGAAAGAAUAUCAAAAGAGUGAUCUUAUCUACUGGUGUGGCUGUUGUCUUUGGACUGUGUUAUCUGUUCUUGAGGCUAACCGCUGUCCCGUCUCCAUCCAUUGUUCCUUACUCAGAUUUCGUAACGAAUCUUCGAGGUGGCUCUGUUUCAAAGGUUCUGCUCGAAGAAGGUUCUCGUCGAAUCUACUACAACGCUGAUGAAAACGUUGAGGAGGAGGUUGAAAAUGCUCACAAGUCUGAAACUUUAGAGACUCAAACUGAUGGCGGCGCAGUUACGGAAGAAGUUAUUCCGCGAAAGGUUCGAGCUUUGAAGAGUCCUGUGUGGAAGUAUGUGACGAGAAAAGUCGAUCAUGAUGAGAAGUUCCUUCUUAGUUUGAUGAGGGAGAGAGGGAUUACUUAUAGUUCAGCUCCUCAAUCUGCAUUGGUGUCAGUGAGAACUACUUUGAUAACAAUCAUCUCUUUGUGGAUUCCUUUAACUCCUCUUAUGUGGCUUCUCUACCGGCAACUCUCAGCAUCUAACAGCCCUGCCAAAAAACGACGGACGAAAAAUCCCGCAGUUGGAUUCGAUGAUGUUGAGGGCGUGGAUUCUGCUAAAGACGAGCUCGUGGAGAUAGUGUCAUGUCUUCAAGGAAGUAUAAACUACAAAAAGCUAGGAGCAAGAUUACCUAGAGGUGUGCUUUUGGUUGGUCCACCGGGGACUGGUAAAACCUUGCUGGCUCGGGCUGUAGCUGGAGAGGCAGGAGUUCCGUUUUUCUCUGUUUCCGCUAGCGAGUUUGUUGAGUUGUUUGUUGGAAGAGGAGCAGCUCGAAUCAGAGAUCUUUUCAGUGCAGCCAGGAAAAACUCGCCUUCCAUUAUAUUCAUCGAUGAGCUCGAUGCUGUUGGAGGAAAACGCGGUAGAAGUUUCAAUGAUGAACGUGACCAGACCCUAAACCAGUUGCUUACUGAGAUGGAUGGAUUCGAGUCAGACACAAAAGUCAUUGUGAUUGCAGCAACUAACCGACCAGAGGCUUUAGACCCGGCUCUUUGUCGGCCUGGAAGGUUCUCAAGAAAAGUUGUGGUUGCAGAGCCAGACCAAGAAGGCCGUCGGAAAAUCUUGGCUGUACAUCUGAGAGACGUCCCUCUAGAAGAAGAUGCAUUCCUCAUAUGUGAUCUUGUUGCUUCGCUAACUCCAGGGUUCGUAGGUGCUGAUCUUGCCAAUAUUGUCAAUGAAGCUGCAUUGCUCGCUGCUCGUAGAGGCGGGGAAGCGGUGGCGAGAGAAGAUAUAAUGGAAGCGAUAGAGAGGGCGAAAUUUGGGAUCAAUGAGAAGGAAGUGAGGCCAAGGACUUUAGGAAAGGAGCUCAGCAAGCUGUUCCCAUGGAUGCCAUCUUUGGUUGGGAGGAACGGACCAGAUCAAGACGGUUUACAAGGAUAUCAAACUCUCAGCUAA